AUGUUACAACGACUUGAAAUUGAAGCACUGAUCUUCAACACAGGUUUGUCUUUGAGGGUGAUGAUACUGGCAGCUCUCACCGUUCCCAUCAUAGUCCAAAGUCCUGAAAUCUUCACCUUGUCGGUCCCACACGGUCCAAUCAUGACCUGGUUGAACUCCUCCGUUUCUUUAUCUUGUGAACUUUCACCUCUCUUCAAUGCGGAGCCAUUGGAGGUGCGCUGGUACAGGGCCAAAGACUUUGACUCAACUGCCUUGUUGUACAAAGAUCACAAGAUCCACGAGGCCCCUGUGGACCCCCGGUACAAGGGCAGGGUGUCUCUAACUGGGGGGCUGGAGAGAGGGAAUGUGUCCCUGACACUGGAGAGGGUCACACUGGCAGAUGUGUGCUAUGUUAGCAGUGAACAGUGGUAUGAAAAAGCCAUUGUACUCCUCACAGUGAAUGGUAAGUAA